AUGGCAUCCAAGUCAAUCCUAUUCAUUACCGGUGCAAACACUGGCAUCGGUCUAGAAACCGUCAAAGCCUUACUGCAGUCACCAAAAGCAUAUACAAUCCUUCUUGGAGGACGAAAUUUGGACAAAGCCAACGCUGCAGUCCGCGACGUCCAAUCGCAAUUCCCUGACAGCUCUAGCACUGUCACCGCUGUGCAGGUGGACAUAGAAGACGACAACUCCAUCUCACAAGCUUUCGAUCGCAUCUCUCAAGAACACCAACGCCUGGACGUGUUGAUAAAUAAUGCAGGUGCCGCCUUUGACGGUCAAGUUGCAGAGGGAAAACUUACAAUGAGGGAAAUGUGGAACAAGUCUUGGGACCUCAACACCGUUGGCACUCACAUUCUAACCCAUACAUUUAUUCCACUCCUUCUUAAGUCAUCCGACCCAAGACUUCUCUUUAUUACUAGUGGGACAUCAACACUUACUGAUAGUGGCGAUACAUCCGUUCCCAUAAAUAUUUCGCCGCCGAAAGGGUGGCCGAAGCAAGGAUUCUCGUUGGCUGCGUAUCGAUCCAGUAAGACUGGUAUGAACAUGAUGGUGCGUGAUUGGGUCAGAACUCUCAAAGCGGACGAUGUCAAGAUAUGGGCCAUUUCGCCAGGCUUUCUAGCAACUGGUCUAGGUGGUGAUCAGGAGAGAAACAAGAAAAUGGGUGCAGGAGAUCCAGCGCUUGGAGGUAGUUUCAUUAGGGAUGUUGUCGAGGGUGCACGCGAUGCAGAUACCGGGUUGGUGGUCCGCCGGGGCGGCGUUCAACCGUGGUAG